CAACUACGUCAAAAAAUACCGAAGCUUGGAACCUGGGACACGCGAUUCGACGUCAACCGCAAAAAAAACUCAUCUACAACAGUACUUUUCAAUAUUAGCGCUUUAACACUACCACUACCAAAUAUGAUGGAUAUCGACGAGGAGGAUAUCUUACGCGCAAUUGCUAACGGUGGUUCGAUUGACUAUUCCAUAUGGCCAGCUUUAUCUUUAGGAAUAGUGUCGCGAAUCGAAAAGAUCACACAUAAUGAAUUUCCAAUACCUAAUCUGCCACCGCCGGCUGCUGCUACAACUAUUCCACCUUCUAUAUCGCAUCCACCUCUAGCCCGGCGCCAUUCAGAGCCUACAGAGAAUUUUCUAUCGCCACUGCCGUCCUCCCCUCUAGAGCCUCCAAGUUCGCCGUCUUCUCAAGAUAAUAAAGAAAACGCUCCUAUCGCGCCGCGCAUACACCCGCCGCCCACAUCAGCUCCGGCCUCAUUCACAGCUCUUCCCCCGGGUACGCUACCACCCCAGAUCGCUUCUAUGCUUACCGAGAUAACCUCCACUCUGAAAUCUACUUUUCCCAACUAUCCUCCGCACACUUUGCAACGCCUAGCAGAGCUUGUCCUAACGCCUAAACACCACUACCGCACACUACCGACUUAUCUUCAUGCUCUCGACAGAGUUGUUCAUGUGACCUCGGGGCUCAACGUCUAUCCUCUCCCUCCAGCCAUACCAGAUGCGAAAACAACAUCGCUACUAUCAAAUGGAAUAUCCGAUGCCAUGGCCAUUGCUUCCCCAUCUCCCUUUGCUGCACCUGGCAGCGACGAAGCUUUAGGCGGUGCCCUCUUGACUCCUAUACCCUGGCUUCAGCCGAAUCAGCAGAUUGGUGGACCUUCUCAAUCCUCGCUGGGAACACCCGGCGCUAGAAGUCCUAACAGCCAGAAUAGUGGGCUAGUUGGUCCAGUAGGCGGUGGCGAUCUCGAAGGCGAAGUGCGCACGGAAAGUACCGAGACCAUCGAGGGGCCUAAUGGCAUCGGUAGCAUUGAGACCGUCUCGGUGUCGGUCAAUGGCAUUCCUUCCAUGGGCGCACGCGGCGUAGGCGUGACCCAAGGCGAGCUGCUUCGGCAGGAACAACGCGCCGGCGUCGUCCCCGUCAGCCAACUCGUGCCUAGCCAACUUGUGCCCAGCCACCACGUGCAUAGCGGAAACCCCCACCCCCAAGUCCACCGGCGAGCAUCCCCCUCUUCGGGUUCCGAGCCUUCUCCAAACGCGGCAACACCACCGGCUUCUUCAUCCGACAGUCCUGAGGCUGAGAGAAAGUCGCAGUCACCUCCAAACGCACAUACCCCUAAUUCUUCAUCUUCUUCUACCAGCAGUAGCAGCAGCAGCGGCAGCAACACUAACAACCCUAUCGCGGACGCCGAAAAUGCACUGCCCCUAGGCUCGAUAAUCGGUACCGAUGAGGAGAAGCCGCACGCGCGCGGGCCCGAGGAGAUCGGACCCGAGGACAUGGGCCCGCAGCACGGUAGCACGAGCCUCGGCAGUGCGACGACGAUCGGCGGGCCCGGCGGCAUCGAGAUGCAAGGGAUCGACGUGGAAGCCGCCGUUGGCCGCAAAGCCGUGGCGGUAGGGGGCCGCGGGUCCAGCAAGAGCCCGCCGAAGACGGAGGACGCGCCGGGCGAUAAGAUGGACGUCGAAGAAGAGGCGUCGGAAAGCGCGAGAAGCACCGAAGAUAGCGGCGCUGAACGGGAAUCGAAGCGCGAGGCAGAAGACGAGCCUCAGGGCGCGGCGGAAGCGAAGAAGUUAAAGGAGGAUAAGGAAUGGGAAAUCAUAACAGCUGCGGAAGUACCAGAACAGGGACAGGAACGGGGAGAACGAGACGCAGAAGCAGAGGCUAUGGAUACAUCUUCGGAUGGCAAAGGGGAGGACGGAGGAGGAAAAGCGGAAGGGGUCCAAGGGAGCGUCUAGGAUAGGCUUCCUUGUCUCCGCAAAUGGCUGUAGCAAUGGCCUAGUAUAGUAGCGGGGGGGAAAGAACACCUAAGGAAAUACUAUCCGGAUCGCGGCCCACGCACGAUCUCUGGUCGUUGGUCUGGUCGUUGGGCACCGGGCACCGGGCACUGUUAAAAUAAGGUCUAGUUACUACAUUCCGAAGUCAAAUUUGGCUGGACUAGCAUAAGGGGGAUGGAAAGGAAGGAAAGGUGGAAGGGAAAGGCAUAGGGAACUGUAUUUGUUCUUUUUUUUUUCUUUUUCUUUCGUUCGGUCUUGGGACUUUUUUUUUUUGGAACUUUGUGACAGGUAGAUACCAGACGGUUGUGGAUUAUGAACCACAGGGGAGGGGGGCGAGACGACGGUAGAGUUAAUUUUUCUACCGUGACAUAGGAUACUUUGUACGAAUGGAGAAUGGAUGCUGCAUUUUGUUCCAACCUCCGCUACAAUAUCAAUAUUUAUGCCUAGUAGACUACUCAUUCGCUGGAAUAAGCGAUUGAACGGGCC